CAUAAAUAAAAUAAAAAGUAACCGCAAAAUACACUGUUUCAAAAUACAGCAGUCAAGAAAAUAACAAAAAAAUCUUAAUAUCUCCAGACUUCUAUAGUCAGAGUAAUGAAAUGUCUUCUGUGGAGUUUAAUUUAGACUUAAAUAACGAAGAUCUUAGCUCAAUAUGCAGAAGUUGUCUCUCACCGUCUGUUGAUCUGAAGAAUAUGAUUGAUUGGGGGCUUGCUGGUGAUUUUUACAAAGCAACGGAUAUUCUGGUAACAGAAAGAGACUCAGUGUCAAAGUCCCUAUGUCUUUCCUGUGAAGAUUUGUUGCUGAAAUGUAUGAGAUUUAAGCUACAAAGCAUUCAGGCGGAUCAGAUCAUAAAGGAUGCUGCUAAAAAAAGAAUCCUCACAACACCUCAAAUUUACGAAACCGAAGAAACUCACACCGUACAAAAUACCAUAACGAUAAACUUACAGGAUAGUUUUCUCACGCUCUAUAUAAUUGCGCCAAAUAAAGAUGAAAAAUUAGAUUUACCAUGUCCAUAUAAUUGUGAUCAAAAAUUCUUAAAGAAAACCCAUUUACAAAGCCAUAUGGUUAAAUUUCACGGCAAACAGAAGGAUUUUAUUGUUGAUCUAAAGUUUAAUUGUAACCAUGUUGGCUGCCAAUACCACGCUGAUUCGGGCAAAGAGAAAUAUUUUUCAAAUAGGAAACUUUUGAAUCAGCAUUACAGGAAAGUUCACGACGAAAAAAAUAUACUGUGUGAUGUCUGUAAGUUGAAGUUCUCAUCUGAAACUGAUUAUAACAGACAUGUUAAAACGUGUAAUUUUAUUUAUUUGUGCCAAAUAUGUGAUAAGGCUUACGCAGAUAAUGAAAGGCUGCUAGUACACCUGAUGCGUAAACACCCAGACUUACACGAGCAACACAAGGAAAUGCGAAAAGUAGAAAAAAGGAAAUCGGAGAGUAGUAUUGAGUCAAAGAAAAUGAAGUCCGAGGCUGAAAAGUUUUCUGAAUACAUUUGCGACAGUCCAAAACGAUCUUUUGCAACUCAAACUCUGGAAGAAAACAUAAGAAACGACGUGACGUUGUCAUGGCAACCGGAGACAAAAACUGAUGAAAUAUCAACACAGACAGUCUUCGAAGAUCUCCUAUCGCUAAAGUCACAAACUAGCGAAGACGAGUCGAUAUUUUGUUCUGAAACUGUAUCCCUGUCUGACAUACAAACACAAACAUUUCCAUUAGAGUUUGGUUUAAUGAGGUCUAAUAAAGAAACAAUCACAUCAGGAACGCAUUCGCCAGAUUUGAGUAUCAAAGAGACACAGACUUGUUUUUGUUUGUAUGACUCACCGAAGCCUAGAUCUAUUGAAGGGAUUUCGUCAAAUAGUAAUACAUCGUUCUCAAUGAAUUUUAUAUCGACUGAGACUCAAACGUUGAAGGGUUUUGUUGAUGAUAUGAGCGUUAAUUCAGCCGAAACUCAGACGAGUUUCGAUGAUAUUAUACAUGAUAAUGAUUUGUAAUCAUUUUUGGUAAUAAAAUAAAGUUUUGAGAAUAAA